GGAGUUUGGCCCUCCUCUGCGAGUUUGGUCGCAUUGCGGCGGAGUGGAGGCCACCUGUGUGGAGGCCUGCUGCUCUGGCUGUGGUAGCCCCGCUUCUGGUCCACGGACCUCAGUGGGGCUCUUAACCAGACCUCGCGGAAGGUUGAGGCAAGCUAAGUAGCGUCGACUCGGCCCUCAGCGCCCUUGGGAAAGGGGGCGCCGCUUUGCUUGCUUGGAGGCGGCGUGGGAGCGUCUCAGUCUCCUGGGCCCCUCUCCCUGUCGCCCCCGUGACGGCGAAAAGUCCCCAUGGAAUCUUGAUUCACUGAGUGAUCUUGAGCUCAGGGCGACGCCUAGCUUGUAGUUCCUGGCCGCGUUCGAUUUCAAGGAACUUUGUGAGAAUUUCAGUACAUGGAAACACUGUUUGUGUUCCAACCAGUGUACAUCCAAAGGUCUCAGUUUAAUACCAGGACCAAAAUAUUGCAUGUCAGUCAGCCAGCCAGCCACAGCUUUAAUGACUCCUAAAAUCUCAUGGACUUUUAACGCAGCAACAUGGCUGGUGCUGCUGUCAUAGUUCCUGGGUUGUUGCGAGGCUCCGUGGGUGCCAUCUGCACUCAGGCUGCUUCACUGAGACCGACACCCAGCGCUUGGCGCUACGUCAGUCUAACCAGUGUAAUGAAAUCCAAAAGGAAAGCUGAUCACUUGGAGAGAACUGCAAAUGUCAUCCGACGGGAGGUCGUGUCAGCUGCCAGGGUGUGUGGCACUACCCCUGAGUCACCCUCCGUGAAGAGGCUCCGCCUGCUGGUUGCUGAUAAAGAUUUCUCUUUCAAAGCUGGCCAGUGGGUUGAUUUCUUUAUCCCAGGAGUUUCUGUGGUUGGUGGGUUCUCCGUAUGCUCCAGCCCCAGACUGCUAGAACAAGACAGAAUGAUAGAAUUGGCGGUGAAAUAUACAAACCAUCCUCCUGCUUUGUGGAUUCACAAUCAGUGCACACUGGACUCUGAAGUGGCCGUGAGAGUGGGUGGAGACUUCUUCUUUGACCCUCAGCCUGAAGAUGCCUCUAGAAAUCUCGUGUUGAUUGCAGGAGGAGUUGGAAUUAACCCUCUGCUUUCCAUCCUGCGGCACUCUGUGGAUCUCCACAGAGAACGGGAAAACAAAGGAAGUGGAUAUGAGAUGGGAACAACAAAGCUGUUCUACAGUGCAAAAAACACCAGCGAGCUCCUGUUUCAGAAAAAUAUCCUCGAUUUAGUAAAUGAAUUUCCUGAGAAGAUUGCAUGCAGUUUGCAUGUUACAAAACAGACUACACAAAUCAGUGCAGAGCUCAAGCCGUACAUCACAGAAGGAAGAAUAACAGAGAAGGAGGUAAGAGAUCAUAUUUCAGAAGAGACUCUGUUCUAUAUUUGUGGCCCACCUCCAAUGACGGACUUUUUCUCCAAACAACUGGAAAGCAGCCAUGUUCCCAAAGAGCACAUUUGCUUUGAGAAGUGGUGGUAGGAAGUGAGUGAAGGUGGAAAAGAAGGCUGUGAGGUCUGCUCUGGACAGAGCAGAUACCACGUUUGUUAUUUGUGGCAAGGUGAAUUCACUUCUGCCCAUCCUUACCUUUUAAGGCUGUGAACCAAGUGACCAGCUAGGGAAGAAAAGAAAAGCCAGUGGACAGACUUAAAUGAUAAACUUUUUGCAAAGACCUCAUUGAUAAAACUAUUUUUUAGUAUGUUUUUUAUUAAUAACUGAUUAUCUCCUGAUGUACCUUGAAUUUACAAUACAGAUUUUCUUUCCCCUUAGGGAGAAAAAGGACAUAUACUUAUAUUUAAUCAUAUGAAAAUGUGGUUUUGUUUGUGAAAUGUUGGCCAUCUUUAAAUUAUUUGACAACCUUUAUGUCUUAUGUUCAAUAAAUUUAUAAUUUAAAUAUA